GCCAGUUGACACAAACUCAGCAAACGACAGCAGAGGUAAACAUGGCAGAAGAAGCUCCAGCUCCAGCAGCGGCGGCCCCGGCUCCGGCCAAAGCCCCGAAGAAGAAGGCAGCGGCCGCCCGCAAGCCGAAGGAUGGACCCUCCCUCCCGAAAGAGAUCAGUGCCGUUCUGGCUGAGUCUAAAGAGCGCAAGGGAAUGUCGUCGGCGGCCAUCAAGAAGGUGCUCGCUGGCAAAGGCGUUGAUGUGGUGAAAUGCAAUAAACGCAUUAACAGCUGUUUGGCCAGAAUGGUGACUCAAGGAGCCGUCAUCCAGGUGAAGGGCACAGGUGCGUCCGGCUCCUUCAAAGCAAAGGCAAAGAAGACUGAGGAGAAGAAGAAGCCUAAAGCCAAGCCAGCGGUCAAGAAAUCUCCCGCUAAAGCCAAACCCGCCGCCAAGAAAGCUGCACCGAAGAAGGCAGCGGCCAAGAAGCCCGCAGCCAAGAAAGCACCGGCGAAGAAACCAGCGGCUAAAAAGACAGCAGCGAAGAAGGCUUCCCCUAAAAAGGCUGCCAAGAAAGCUACACCGAAGAAGACUACACCUAAAAAGGCCGCCCCUAAAAAGGCAAAGUCUGUCAAGAAGGCUCCCGUGAAGAAGACUGCAGCCAAGAAGGCCAAAAAGUAAAGUCCUGAACCUCCCCUGCACCCAGUGCUCCAAAGGCUCUUUUAAGAGCCACCA